AUGUGUUCCCCUGGUAAACCCAUAACUGGUGCUGUAGGAGAUUUAAUUGAACGUUUUCCACGUGUGUUUGAUGCAUCUAUGGGUACGAUUAAAGGUGUUCAGGCUUCACUUCACUUGAAGCAGGACAGUAAACCAGUUUUCAUGAAAGCGCGCACGAUUCCUUUUGCGAUUCGGGAUACCGUAGAACGCGAAAUUAAAAACAUGGUCGAAAGUGGUAUACUGAAGAAAGUAGAACACAGUGAGUGGGCGACACCGGUAGUACCUGUUAUGAAAUCAGGUAAUCGAGUGCGUUUGUGCGGAGACUACAAGGUGACAGUAAACAAGUGUCUUCUGGUUGAUGAACAUCCCUUGCCAACCAUAGACGAGUUGUUCUCCAAUAUGGCUGACGGAAAAAAGUUUACAAAGCUAGAUCUGGCACAGGCAUACUUACAAAUAGAGGUACGUGAGGAAAAUCGUGAGAUUCUGACUCUAAACAUCCAUCUUGGUCUCUACCAACCAUCGCGGCUGAUGUAUGGUGUGUCAUCCGCGCCGGCGAUAUUUCAGCGAGAAAUUUCACAGCUGCUAGGUGACAUACAGGGGGUGUCAGUGUUCUUGGACGAUAUAAAAGUGACCGGUUCAGAUGAUGAAGCACAUUUACGACGGUUGAAAACGGUUCUGCAACGGUUGGAUGACCAUGGCAUGCAGUUGAAUGUAGCUAAAUGUGAUUUUUUCGCGGACCGCAUUGAGUACUGUGGUUUUGUGAUUGAUCGAGAGGGAAUAAAGAAAAUGAAGACUAAAAUCGACGCCAUUCAGGAAAUGCCUAGAGCACAAAACCGAGAGCAGAUCAGAGCAGUUGGUUAUAGCAGUUUUGGCGACGAGACGAUCGAAACCUACGCGAUCCUAAAGGAUUUUCGAUGA